AUGGCCCUCGCGUUUCAUGUGAACAACUUCAAGCCGUGGACGCCGCGGCACCCCAAGUCAUUCUCACUGCGCAAAUGCCCCAAUUCUCGCACCCAAGAAUCCAGAAAAGCCCCUCCCCCAAGCCCAGCCCCGCGUUGUGAUGUCUUCCCCAACACCCUGCUCCCCCCCAAUCAUGGCCUUCCUUCGAAGCCGCCGGCCGAAGUUUGCGUGCCUAUCAGUGGUAAUACUCAGCCGUGUGCGCCGUCGAGCUCACCCUCCCAACCAAGAGAGAUGUCUAGACCACCACCCAGUUCGGAGAAUCCCCGGCAUGGCGUAUCAUCUCUCUGUGAUCUGGCACAUCACACCUGGAAUUCGCAUCCCACCCCUGCCCGUGAUGUCCAAGAUAAUUUCUCUGAUACGCCGACCGAACUGUCUCCCCUUGGGAGAGGGGCUGGUUCGUCGUCGCCAAGCAUAACCAGCUCAGAUGGUAGCUUAGAAGACUUCUUCAUGCUCCCGGAUCUCCAGAACAACAUCCCCAUUGACCCAGCGAUCCUUGCCGACGACGUGCCUUGGGACAUUAGUGACCUUCACCAGCCUGUCCAGCAAGGUGAUGAUCUUGCGAACGCAAAGGCCACUUAUCCCUAUCCUGAACCUCCCCCAUCUAUGUCCUGUGACACCCCCAACCAUCACCAAGGAUCCGGAGAGAGGCCUGACAGCUGGAAGAGAAAUUCUCAGAGAGAUGAUGACACUCACGCUCUGGAUCAUCAGCAGAUCCACCCCGCCCGUUGCGGCACUGACGUCGAUGCGCCUUGCCUUUACAGCACGAGCGACGACUUCCUCGGCGACGAACAGUCUAGGAGACGCAAGCGAGGGUCACAGCAACCAGAAGAACCGGCCGCAAAGCGGUUUCACGUUGCCUCUGUAUCAUCUAUGGAAGGCUCCUCCAAAGCCCUUUGCUCCCAUUUCCUGUCGCUGCCGCUCGACGAGCGUCUGCAGUUCCUUUCAUGGCUGUUUGAAGGUGCUUUGUUGAGUUGCAUGCCCAACUCAACGCCGGCAAUAUGGGUGGGAGACGAGAGUGUGCGGUCAGCCGGUCGCUCGGCUCCUCACAAGAUCAGAAAAUCUCAGCGUGAGCGCGGCGAGGGGAGAAAGGGCCACAGAGACAAGCUGUGGCGAUGGCUCCCGGAGGAUGACGCACGGCUUUUGAGCAUGAUGGAGGAGCGCCGACCCUGGCCGGAGAUAGAGAGGUGUUUUCCAGAAAGGACGGAAUCGGCGCUGCGCCAGCGGGUGUCUACACUUCGGAGACAAGAAAAGGGAAUGCGUACAGUCGAAUCCGCCGGUGCCACAGUAGCAUCUGCAGCCCUGGAGUGGUGA